AUGGACUUCUGUUUGGGUCAUCGUGGAUCGAUUGACCAAGUCCGCCCACUUCAUACCUGUUCGCACUUACUACUCUCUGCAAAAGUUGGCUAUGUUACGAAGGUUCUGAGGUUUGGUCGCAAGGGUAAGCUGAGCACGAGAUUUAUUGGGCCUUACCGUAUUCUGGGACGAGUGGGACCAGUUUCCUAUCAGUUGGAGCUAUCUCUAGAGUUGGAUUGGAUUAAUGACGUAUUCCACGUCUCUAUGUUAAGGCGCUAUCGCUCUAAUCCCACAAAUGUUGUUCCUCUUGAGGAGAUCGAGGUUAGGCCAAAUCUGACCUUUGAGGAGAAGCCAGUACAGGUAUUGGACCGUGAUGUUAAAGUUCUGAGAAGAAACUCCAUCCCGCUGGUUAAGGUUCUUUGGCGUAAUCAUAGUUCUGAUGAAGCCACGUGGGAGCCCGAGGAUGCAAUGCGACAGUAA